UUGAAGGACGGGAAUGUUUUUCUUUAACCGUUUGAUAGAUGUACGUUAACGUGGCAUAUAUCAACCGCCUCACCUGGACGUAGACGUUUCUACGUCGGAAAAGCGAACUCGGAUCUCUUAGCCCGAGUAAGCUCCGAUGUCUGAUUCGAGCAAAUAUUUGCUUUUGAUUCUUCUAUGGAGCGGUUUUUGAUAGUUAUUUGCAUCUGCUCUCGCAUAGAUUCUAAUACUGUUUAGAAGAUUUGUUCUUUGAUCCUCUCUCCGAAAUCAGUCGACCAUGGGCCGUUCGCGUGCAGUGUCUCGUUCUAUUGAUGACGACGCCAAUCAUAGAUCAAAGAGAAAAAAGACAGCUUCUAAUGCAGAGAGUGGACAGACUGCAUCUACAGUAUCCCAAGAGACAAGUGAAGGGAAAGCAGCACUAUACCACUGUAAUUAUUGCAAAAAAGAUAUCUCUGGAAUGAUUCACAUUAAGUGUGCAGUGUGCCCAGAUUUUGACCUUUGUCUAGAGUGCUUUUCUGUUGGAGCUGAGGUUACUCCUCAUAAAAGCAGUCAUCCAUACAGGGUUAUGGACAAUUUGUCUUUUCCUCUCAUUUGUCCAGACUGGAAUGCAGAUGAAGAGAUAUUACUUCUUGAGGGCAUCGAAAUGUAUGGAUUUGGAAACUGGACUGAAGUAGCAGAACACGUUGGAACCAAGAACCGGUCACAAUGUAUUGAUCACUAUAAUGCUGUGUAUAUGAAUUCCCCAUGCUUUCCUCUCCCAGACAUGUCUCAAGUUAUGGGAAAGAGUAGAGAGGAGCUCCUUGCAAUGGCCAAGGGCUAUGGUGUUAUCAAGAAAGAGUUUCCUGCACUUGGGGAGCUUACAUUGAAAGAGGAGUCCCCCUUAUCUGCAAGAGUCAAAAGUGAAGCUCAAAAAAAAAAAGAUGUAGCUUGCCAAUCCUCACCUAGCUUAAAAUCAGAAUUUGGAGCUUCUAUGAGUUCAAACAGCGCGAACACUUUCACAGGUGCCAUAAAGAAAGCCUCCAAUAUCACCCAGAUGAAGGAUGGAAUUAAAGUGGAAGACUUGCAGGCAGACAGGAGCAUUGGAGAGAAAAAACUUAGGGCGCCAGGAGAGGAAGGGCCAUCCAUGACAGAGUUAAGUGGGUACAACUUCAAGAGGCAGGAAUUUGAGAUUGAAUAUGACAAUGAUGCAGAGCAGUUAUUAGCGGAUAUGGAAUUCAAGGACACUGACACCGAUGCUGAACGUGAACUGAAACUGCGAGUUCUGCAUAUCUACUCAAAAAGGCUUGAUGAGAGGAAACGAAGGAAGGAUUUCAUACUGGAAAGAAAUUUACUUUACCCAGAUCCAUUUGAAAAUAACCUUGCCCCUGAGGAGAGGGAAAUAUAUCAGCGUUACAAGGUCUUCAUGAGGUUCCACUCAAAAGAAGAACAUGAAGAAUUGAUGAAGAGUGUUAUUGAGGAACAUCGAAUUGUCAAAAGAAUACAGGAUCUUCAGGAAGCUCGAGCGGCUGGCUGUCGAACAGCUGCUGAGGUGAACAGAUUUAUUGAGCAGAAACAAAAGAAGGAAGCUGAUCAUAGCAUCCAUAGAGUGAAGGAAAGUACAGUGGCUGGUCCAAGUGGUAAAGUGCUGCAGAGGCCUACUAACCUUAAAGGGGAAGUUGAUGGCAGUCCCCGUGGAGUCGUUAAGGGGUCCCCUGGUUUGCAUGCUGGUGACAAGGACUCAUUUUCAACUAUUGCAAAACAAAUCUCAAGCUCUUUAGAUGAUUGGGAUAUCUCUGGAUUCCUAGGGGCUGAUUUGCUCUCUGAAUCUGAGAAACGUCUUUGUGGUGAGAUGAGAAUAUUACCUUCGCAUUAUCUAAACAUGCUUCAGACUAUGUCGGUGGAGAUUAUGAAGGGCACUAUUACAAAGAAAUCUGAUGCAUAUGGCCUGUUCAAGAUGGCACCGAACAAAGUAGAUCAAGUUUAUGAUAUGCUGGUGAAAAAGGGGAUUGCCUAAGCAUGACUAGAAAGGCAAGCGAUAAGAAGAGACUACCACCAGAAGCUGCCAGUAGAUGACCAGUUAUUUGUCACCUCCAUCUGCUGGUGGGGGGUUGGGGGUCAAGGUCACUCACGGGACUGGGAAACAUGGCUGAUAAGACUGGACAAUUAUUUACGGUCAAAGUUGGUGUGGAUUGAAUUCUGAUCAUAAUUGGUGGGAAAAUGCUGAAGGAAUGCCUUGCUACCAGUGGCAGCUUUUUGCCAAUUUUCCUGAAGCUCUUUCUUCAGAAAAUCUGCCAGCUCAUAUGGAGAGUGUUGGCGCCAAAUUCCCGGAUGACCACUGUGGAGCUUCUUUUGAAUAAUUUUCUUGGAAUGCUCUGACAUGAGAAAGGCCAAGUUACAAGCAGCCUCUGAAGAGUCAUACAGAGAUAUCAAAAGAGGGAAAGUAAUUCUAGUAACUUUGAAUGUAUUAUUUAGGAUUGUUGUAGGGAACUGAUUGGUGGAGUAUAUGAAUAGUUAUGAGAGUACUGGAGAAUGGUGAGGUGCUGUGAGCGAAGUUCUCAAAUUAUCUGGGAAAUUUGUUGUCUCAGAUGCGCGACAGUUUUUAAGAUGACUGGAUAUUGGUGAGUUGAAAAAGCAAUGAAUAAGGCUGCAAAAGCACUAGACAUUGCAAGGGGAGGAGCGGUUGCAAGAACACCAGAAGAAGAAAGCUCCCACCAGAGCCAAUGCAGACGAAGAAGAUGUCAUGGAUGUGCUGUGGUAUAUUCUUUGAUGAUGAUACUAUCAACAAAACCAACUUGUCUGGUAUUCCAAGUUGGCUAAUGAUAGAGUUGAAUCAAAUAACAUAUUUUCCAUGGCUUAGUUCCAAUGAAAUUAUAGUUGAAGUUCAGGCA